AACUUGCUUAUAUUCAAAUCGCACAUCCCUCGCAUCCUUCCAACCCAACUUGACGUACGUGUAUACAUACACUCUAUCAUCUCAUUCCUUUCCGUCUUGACUUGACAAGCGUCAGCUAAGGGUUCCAAGAUUUCAACAUGGCCAACACCACCACAACUGUCAAUGGUGACUCGACCAGUGACAAUCCCGAAAUCAUCCUGUACACCAACCACGGAUGUCCUUGGGCUCACCGUGCACACAUUGUCAUAAGAGAACUAGGGUUGCCUUAUAAAGAGGAAAUCAUCGAUUUGGAUAGACCUAGAGAUCCAUGGUAUUUGAAGAUUAAUCCUAGAGGUCUAGUUCCGAGUGUCAAAUACAAUGGUGAAAUCAUCACCGAAUCAGCAAUCGUCUCUGGAUUUUUGGCAGACGCACACCCUUCACACCUGAUCCCCCCCUCCGAUGGUCCCGACUCCAAGAACGCCCUCUACCGUGCCCGAGUGGCUUUCUUCGUCGACACCUUCUUCACAAAGGCGAUGCCGAAAUUGUUCGCAGCUCAACGUGCAGAGGGUGCCACCGAAAAGGAUUCCGCCGCCGAGGAGCUCGCCGAGAUUUUUGCAAAAGAAUUGGAACCACUCUUCACUUGGGACGUCGUCGACGGGGAUUCUCCCUUUUUCGGUGCAAGUAAAAGACUUACGCUCGCAGAGGCACUCACUGCACCAUUUGUCCUGAGACUCAUAGCUUUGAGUAAACCAGAAUACGACCUGGUUAGUCCCAAGAUGAUGUCUAUGCUGGAAUCAAAGACACCGAAAUUCGCGGCUUGGGCCAAAAAUGUCGUCAAGGAAGAAAGUGUGACCUAUGUCUUUGACGAGAAAAAGGUCGCCGAGAGGACCAAGGCGAGGCUUGCCAAAAUGGCGGCAGCCGAGAAGAAACUUUGAUGAUACUGACGAGACAGAACUCGUUGACACUACCUAGUAAGAGUAAAGAAGUCAUGUGUAUAGAUACAUAGAUACAUACAUACAGACAUACCUAGAGAUAUAUAUAUAUGUGUGUGUGUGUGUGUG